AUGCUUCGUGCUGGUCGUGUCGCUGCGGUGACGAAGGGCAGCGUGUACUUCUACACGGACAUCAACUUCGGUGGCACUCUCUUCCCAGUGGACGUCUCUCAGUCCAACAAGUGCUACAGCUUGUGCGAGUUCAAGGACGCGUCAUCAGUGAAAUGGCUCGGUCAGUUUCCCGCAUCAGGUUACACGGACGGCAAGGCGCAGGUCGCCUUCUACACGGAGAAAACGUGCGUCGGGCCGCACGUCCACUUCCCCAUCGAGUUCAAAGACAACAUCGUUGUCAAUUCAAACGUGAAGAAUCUCAGCCAGUUCAACAUCGACAACGCCAUCUCGUCCUUCGUGGUCUGGGAAACCAGCGAGAACGUCGAGCACGGCGCCCAAACGAAAUGUCCAUGGGCAAACAACUGA